CUUUUAACAGAUUGAGAGAGCUAGUGUUGCUUUUGCUAGACUAAAGGUUACAGAGAUAUGGAUGGAAAUGCUUCUGAUGGUGACUAUGGCGAUAUUGAUUGGGAUACUGAAGAUGAACUUGAAAUUCAGGGGGGCAUCGUCCCAUCAUCUUGUGCAAAUGUUGUAGCUCCAAAUGCUGAAGCAGUUGUUACUAAUGGGGAGGCGAGUUCAUCAGCAGGUCCUUUAAAUUCCAAGUUGGUUCAGGAUCUCUUAGGGAUGGGAUUCUCUGAACAAAUGAUCGCAAAAGCAAUCAAAGAGAAUGAGGAGACCAAUACAGAAUUAAUAGUCGAAUCUCUACUUACAUAUAAGGCUCUUGAAGAGUCUCCCGAUGAACUCAACUCAGUUCCUCAGCAACAACAUUCUAUAGAUAAUGGUGUUGGUCAGUUGUCUUCCGACUAUGAUGACAACUUUCUUGAUGAUCUUUCCGAGCCUCUCAGUGGGUCUGAUAGCGAAAUCGAUGAAAUUACCAGUUCCUUACCUAAAUAUGAUAAGAUCUUACUAUCCUUAGCAAAUAUGGGGUAUUCUAUAGAAGAGGCUUCAGCAGCUAUGGAUAGAUGUCCAGAAGCCUCAAUAUUAGAACUGACUGAUUUUAUUCGUGCUGCUCAAAUGGCAAAGGCAGACGACAUAUUUUUUGAGGAAGAGAAACCCAAACUAUCACUUAACGAGGGGCUUAAAAAACGGAAGUUAUACGAGCUAGCGAUGCGGAAAACAAAGAAGCGCAAGGGUAUGCUAACCGAAGAAGACGAAGUGAUUCGUCUUCCAAACCCAAUGAUCGGGUUUGGAACCCCAACCCAUAGUCUUGUGGUAACUCAUAGAAUGCUUCCCGAUGAAGCCAUUGGGCCACCUUUCUUCUACUACGAGAACGUCGCCUUAGCUCCAAAGGGUGUAUGGGAUACAAUUUCUCGUUUCCUAUAUGAUGUUGAACCUGAGUUUGUUGAUUCGAAAUAUUUUUGCGCUGCUGCAAGGAAAAGAGGAUAUAUUCACAAUCUUCCAAUCAAUAACAGAUUUCCGCUUCUUCCUCUUCCUCCUCGCACUAUAAAUGAUGCACUACCAUUAACAAAAAGGUGGUGGCCACAAUGGGAUAAGCGGACAAAGCUUAACUGCUUGCAAACGGGUAUUGGCAGUGCCAAAUUGACAGAUGGGAUCCGCAAGGCUCUAGAAAAGUGUAGAGAUGAUCAUGAACCACCUCUUGAUGUGCAGAAGUGUGUUAUCGAGCAAUGCCGAAGGUGGAAUCUAGUAUGGGUUGGGAAGAACAAGUUGGCGCCAUUAGAGCCAGAUGAAGUGGAAAUGUUGUUGGGAUUUCCGAGAAACCAUACAAGAGGAGGAGGUAUUAGUCGGACAGACAGAUACAAAUCCUUAGGGAACUCAUUUCAGGUCGAUACCGUGGCAUAUCAUCUUUCUGUACUCAAGGAUAUAUUCCCAAAUGGUCUUAACAUGUUGUCACUCUUCUCUGGCAUUGGUGGGGCUGAAGUUGCUCUUCAUAGACUCGGUAUUCCUCUCAAAAAUGUUGUGUCGGUUGAAAUCUCUGAAGUUAAUCGCGACAUAGUUAGAAGUUGGUGGGAACAAACCAACCAAAAGGGCAACCUAAUUCACUUAGCCGAUGUUCAACAGUUGAAUGGUGACCUGCUUGAACAAUUCAUGAGUUCGUUUGGUGGGUUUGACCUUGUUGUUGGUGGCAGUCCCUGCAAUAAUCUUGCAGGAAGUAAUAGGGUAAGCAGAGAUGGACUCCAAGGUGAACAUUCUUCACUCUUUUAUCAAUACCCUCGUAUCCUAAACUUAGUCAAGUUUAUUAUGAAGGGACAACAGUAGCCGUGCUUGACGUUUAUAAGUAUAUAUCUAAUCAAUGUUGUUUUAGUUACCCUCGUAUCCUAAACUUAGUCAAAUGUAUAAUAAGGGACAACAAUAGUUAGUUGGCUGUGCUUGACGCUUAUAUCUAUUCAAUAUAAUGUUGUUUUCAAUUUA